UUGGCAGGAUUCAUAGGUGGCAGAUACACGCACACACACACCUACAUACGCUGCUACCCAACGCACUCUCUCUAAUUCGCUUGCCCAGGGCAAAUAGAAUGCAGUGUCUGAUGGAUUCUUUUUUCCUUCUUCUCGUUUCUAUUUUCCCUUCUUCCGUCCCGCCCGAAGAGCUGCAUGCAUUAUCCUGGCCACCCAUGCUGGCUGAAAUGCCGUCUGUUCAUUCCAAUCGGCCAAUAGGGCGGCUCCAGCUGGACAAUGCAGGACUAGCCGCUGCGAUGCAUCGUGGGCGCGUCACAUACAACACCGAGGCUGCUUCUUUCUUUUCCUUCUUUCCUUCCCAUAUUGUGUUUUUUUGUGGGGGGGAGGGUGAGUCGAGCAAACUUGGAGUGUCUGGAGGUCUCCCUUGGCUUCUCCCACCUUUAUUCUCUAGGCUUGGUUACUAGUACUAAUAGUAGCCCGUUAUCAGUGGUAGCCGUAGCGUUUCUAAACAGUAGGAGUAGUUCUGGAGUAGUACGAGGUAGCAUCAUGGCUUGCUCAUUUCAGCAGACACA